AUUAAGUUGGUUGUAGAAAAGUAAAAGAAGCGUUGUUGGAGAGGCUGGUGUUCCAGAGCCAGCAUGCCGCUCAGGGGUUGAGUCUCUCCAGCUCUCUGGGUUUAUUCUGCUUUGGUGACGCCUACAAUAAACGGAGACAAACAUGGAGAAUAUGUACAUGAUGCCCAACCCUGGGAUGCCCAGUUACCCACCUGGGCUUGAGUACCUGACGCAGGUUGAUCAGCUGCUGAUGAAACAGAAGGUGGAGCUCGUAGAGGCUCUGGUCGGAUUUGAGAGCAAUAACAAGUAUGAAAUAAAGAAUUCAAUGGGCCAGAAUGUGUUCUACGCAGUGGAGGAGAACGACUGUCUAACAAGGCAGUGCUGCGGCCCACUGCGCUCGUUCACCAUUCGCGUCCUCGAUAAUUUCGGCCAGGAAGUGAUCACCGUCAGCCGGCCCCUCAAGUGCAUGUCCUGCUUCUUCCCGUGUUGUCUGCAGGAGCUGGAGGUUCAGUCUCCACCAGGAAAUAUUGUAGGUUAUGUGCAACAAGAGUGGCAUCCUUUCAUUCCCAAGUUCACCAUUCACAAUGAGCAUAAGGAGCCUGUGCUGAAGCUGCAGGGACCCUUCUGUGGCUGGAGCUGCCUUCCAGACGUUGACUUUGAGAUUUUGACCAUGGAUGAAGUGAGCAUCGGAAGAAUCAGUAAACAAUGGUCAGGGCUUCUCCGAGAGGUCUUUACAGACAGUGAUAACUUUGGGAUCCAGUUCCCCAUGGACCUCGAUGUCCGAAUGAAAGCGGUGAUGAUCGGACUCUGCUUCCUCAUUGACUUCAUGUUUUUCGAGGCGAACAACUAGCGGCUGAGAGAAACAGAAAGAAGCCGAAAGGACAAGAGUAAGGGUCUUUUCCAGAAAGAGGACUGGGAUGAACGUGUUAAAUAUUGUACCAGGAGGUUUAUUGAUUACAAAUAAACAGAUCAGCUAAUCCUGAUGAUCAUGUGUCCGCUUGGUCACGAUCGUGAAAAUGUGAAGGUGGGGAUUCUGAUCAACAAAACAAAAGAUGCAUUUUGCAUCAAAAAAA